AAAAAUCCUAUAUAAGCCAUUGCUGCCUCACUGGCUGUAACCCUAAUCGUUGUGACUUGUGAGCCACCCUUCGCUCCACUCGACCUCACAUUCUCGGCCUUUUGCAAACCCUUUCUCUUUCUUGAUUAUCUGCACUCUAAUCGCCGUCAAGCAAACUCCUUCGGUUAUAGGAAUUCAACAACUGAGUUAUCAUGUCGGACGAUGAGAGGGAGGAGAAGGAGUUGGAUCUCACUUCUCCUGAAGUCGUUACUAAAUACAAGAGUGCAGCUGAGAUCGCUAACAAGGCUUUGCAAUUAGUUAUUUCAGAAUGCAAACCGAAGGCAAAGAUUGUAGACAUUUGUGAGAAGGGAGAUGCAUAUAUAAGAGAGCAAACGGGUAACAUGUACAAGAAUGUGAAAAGGAAGAUUGAGAGAGGUGUUGCCUUCCCGACAUGCAUAUCUGCAAACAACACAGUUUGUCAUUUCUCUCCCCUCGCCAGUGAUGAGACUGUCUUGGAAGAAGGUGAUAUUUUGAAAAUUGAUUUGGGUUGCCAUAUUGAUGGGUUUAUUGCUGUUGUGGCCCAUACUCAUGUUCUUCAGGAGGGGCCAGUUACUGGAAGGGCGGCUGAUGUACUUGCAGCAGCCAACACUGCUGCUGAAGUAGCCCUGAGACUUGUGAGGCCAGGAAGGAAGAACAAGGAUGUUACUGAAGCAAUUCAAAAGGUUGCUGCUGUCUAUGAUUGUAAAAUUGUUGAAGGGGUUCUUAGCCACCAAAUGAAGCAGUUUGUGAUAGAUGGGAACAAGGUUGUCCUGAGUGUGUCUAAUCCAGAAACAAGAGUUGAUGAUGCAGAGUUUGAGGAAAAUGAAGUUUAUGCAAUUGAUAUAGUAGCUAGCACAGGAGAGGGCAAGCCUAAGCUGUUGGAUGAGAAGCAGACAACCAUUUAUAAGAGAGCUGUGGACAAGAAUUAUCACUUGAAGAUGAAAACAUCUAGGUUCAUUUUCAGUGAAAUAAGUCAAAAGUUUCCAAUCAUGCCAUUCACGGCUAGGGCUCUGGAAGAGAAAAGAGCUCGUCUGGGUCUAGUGGAAUGUGUGAAUCAUGACCUAUUGCAGCCAUAUCCAGUUCUUCAUGAAAAACCUGGUGAUUAUGUUGCUCACAUCAAAUUCACAGUCUUGCUAAUGCCAAAUGGUUCGGACCGGAUCACAUCUCAUGCUCUCCAAGAAUUGCAGCCCACAAAGACGAUAGAUGAUCCUGAAAUAAAGGCAUGGCUGUCCUUGGGCACAAAGACAAAGAAGAAGGGUGGUGGAAAGAAGAAGAAAGGGAAAAAGGGUGACAAGGCAGAUGAGUCAGGUGAAGCUGAUCCGAUGGAGACAACAAACGGUGCUACAGCCCAAGAAUGAUGAGCCACUUGAACCCUUGUCUAUUUCUUUCCCGACCUUUUUCAAUUUUGUUACAUUAUUCACCGAAAUAUACCUGUUCAGAUAUGAUUUUAAUGUAGUGGUCAGACAGAUUCUUGAUAGAAAUUUCCAGAUGUGCAUUCUAAUUGCACUUUAUGCUUUCUGCUUGAGGAGUAUAAAAGUGUAGUUGCAUGUGAA